AUGCCACUGGCCGGCGCCACUGGCGACGCCUCACUGCUCCCCUUAUCGCCAGAGGCCGAUGACCGGAUCGACACAGGCAUGUCCACGAGAAGGGGUGGCGUAACAGGAACAGGAGGAGGAGGAGGAGGAGGAGGAGGAGGAGGAGGAGGAGGAGGAGGAGGAGGAGGAGGAGGAGGAGGAGGUGGAACAUCCUCAACGUCCUCGUCAGCAGGCUCGUCGACCUCUGCGAGCAGCGGGAACGUUGCCGUCGAGAUGUCCGUCGGCGGGUGUGCUUCCAAGCCUUUGGCUCCAACUUCCCACCGCGCUGCUGCUCGGGGAUCAUGA